GUAUGGACUCAAUUUGGGGCUUAUUACCGGCCUACUUAGCUGGUUCAAUGUGUGUGGACCUAGCACACGACGUGACGUGUUUCUGUAGCGGAGCCGAGUCGGGAGUAGGGAGCGCUGAGCGCGAGUCUCUGCGCAUCAGGGGUCGAGAGGGUUCUCAAGAGCGAACGCCGAUUUCCAGGAUUUCAUAUGCAUCGCCUCCUCGCUCGCGAGUUGAGAGGCCUUUUGUUUCGAAUGCCCUCUCCGUUCGCAAACCCAAACCUUUUUGACCGGCGCCCGCUCUUGGUUCUCGAUACCUGAGGCAUAUCGCGGCGAAAGCGAUACCCAUCCCAGAACGCGAUCGAUUAGCCGUCUAAUUCGAUUGCCCUCAGAGAGGCGAUGCCAAUAAGCGAAUUUUCGCGAUCGAAUAUCAUUUAUUCAACGAAUAGAUGAGUGGUGAGUGAUGCCGAUGAGCGGUGAAAGCGGGAGCCAAUCAGAGUUCAGAUUUUUUUUUUCUAUGAAAUUGACACGAAAAUUAAAAAAUAUCGAAUAUAAUUCAAAAAACGGCGGGAAAGAAGUGUUUUGUGAAGUGUUAUUUGGAUUUAAUGAGAUUUUCUGUGUUUUUUCAGGUUUUCUGACUUUCGGAAAUAGAGAUGGAUCCAUUAGUGCUAAUGGCAAUUAAAGAAAUCCUUUUUGUUGAGGAAGAUGAUGAUGCUAUGAACAUUGCAUCGCAGAUGAUGGGAGCUUCAUAUGCAUCAGGAACGGCAGCGAUCAUUGGUCUGAUGGCAAACCGCAACCAGCGAGAAACGCAUUUCCGACCGCAAGGUUAUUGUGAAAUGACAGAAAAUUAUUUGGACGAUGAUUACCAAAGACUAUUCAGGAUGAAACCAGACACAUUCGAUGUCUUGUUACAAUACUUGAGAAUGAAGUAUCCGAGCAUUGCUAUGCCUUACUCUGGAGGCCUGCAGCCUGUGUCAGCAAAGAAAAAACUACAAGUAGCUCUGAUGUACCUUUCAUCGCAAAUGACGCUCCGAAGAAUAGGAGAUAUUUUAGGGAUUGCUGAUUCAACAGUAAUGGUGGCAAAAGAUGAAAUCGUUGAAAUGCUUUGCCGAUCCGCUAAAUAUUUCAUCCGCUGGCCAACAGAGGCAGAGGCACAGACAAUAUCAAACGAAUUUCAGGAAAUUGCAGGCUUCCCAGGAGUGAUUGGAGUCAUAGAUGGUAGCCACAUUUCUGCCAAGUUUAGAAAAACAAUUGGAAACAGCUACAUAAAUAGAAAAAUGUUCAAGUCAGUCGUUUUACAAGGUGUCUGUACUAGCAAACGCUUUUUUACACUUAUCUUUGUUGGAGCACCUGGCCGUGUGCACGAUGCACGUGUAUUUAGAUUAUCAAGUUUGAAAAGAGCCAUAAAUCAAAAGGGUAGAAAGGCACUAUUUUACCAAGACCGUUACCACUUGCUUGGGGAUCCGGCUUACGCCUUGACAUCGUACAUGAUAGUCAGGUAUAAACAUUGGAACUUGACAGUGGCGCAGAAACGCUUCAACAAGCGACAUAGUCAAACCCGAGUGAAAAUAGAGAACACCUUUGGGUUGCUGAAAGGAAGAUGGGCCCGGCUCCAACAUAUAAACACAUACAAACACGAGAAAAUCUCAAAAACUGUAACGGCGGCGUGUGUUCUGCACAAUUUUUGUCUGUUACAACAUGAUUAUAUAGACCACUUAGUGUACAACGAGCCACAGCAAAUAAUUCAAGACCCCCUGGGAGUUGCUCCAAAUGAAGCUGUUCAAUAUCAAUUAGGUCUAGCAAAACGAUUGCAGAUCACAGCUACACUUGUGUAAAUUGCUUCGCCACAGUUCAUACUGCAAUAAUUUUUUUCACUUUCACUGAACCAUCUUAAAAUUUUCCAUUUACAAAUUAGAUAUUGUUUCAGUAUAGUUCUUAGCAUUUUAGUUGAUUUUGUAUUCUCUUCUUGUAACAUGUAACUUUGCCUUACUGAAAGAAAAGCCUUGUCAUUAGAUGUAUUCUAUCCGUUAUCAGCUUAAUAAUGGAGUUGACGUCAAACUAUCAGUGAAGUGUACCUGAUAUGUUAUAUUAAAUUGAUCUGACUCAUAGGUAAAUACACAAGAAAGUACAUGA